AUGCAAAUUUGCUCCUUGUUUGUUUUCAACCUGGCUCCCACCGCUCCCAGGGUCUCUGCCAUAUCCAGGGAUAUUUCCCAGCUGUGGCUGCAAAUUCGGGGCAAGGCUGCCCACGCGCUCGGGGGCUUCAAGCUGCAGCAGCCAGACAAGGUGUCGGUGACAGUGGGGGAGACGCUGACCCUGACCUGCACCGUGUCUGGAAGUGGUUCCCCUGGUGCUGUGAAGUGGCUGAAGGGCGGGAGCGGUGGGAAUGAGACCGUUUAUGAUCAGAAGACCUCCUUCCCUCGCGUGACGAGGGUGGUGAAUGGAUCCAACACAGACUUCAGCAUCCGCAUCCGGGAUGUUCACCUCGAGGACACCGGCACCUAUUACUGCGUGAAGUUCAUCAAAUCGGUGGGCACCGGGCAGCCCCGUGCCCACCACCCUCUCCCCGCUCUGCCUUGUAUCUCCACAGAGACAUCCCUGGUUCCCAGCAUGGUGGCUGCAGCUGUAGUGCUCUGCUUCCUCCUCCUCCUCGGCCUCUUCAUCGCCCUUUGCGUGUACAGGAGGAAGCGCAGAGGCGAGGCGAGGAGCCUGGCCGGGCUGGUGGCCACAGGCAGCUUCUUGUGCUCCCCUCUGCAGUGCUGUGCAGGGACCCCUGGCACCCCCAGCAGCAAAGUCCCGGGUGAAGAGACCUUACAUCUGCCCAGCCAGCAAAGCAGCAAGGAGGACGACAACAUCCACUACGCUGAUCUCCAGCCCCUGCCUGCAGCCCCGUGGCACGGCAAGAGCCCCAGUGCAGCCUGCUCCGAGUACGCCAGCGUCCAGGUAGCUGCCAAGUGACAUGUGGCACCGCAGCCAAAGAGCCCAUUUUGGGAGAAGAAACAGGGGCAUUUCUGCAGGGCACAGUAAAGAAGUGGGUCUGUUUGCAUGGCACAGCCCGGACCAAGCUCAGCACGCCGUGUUCAGGGCUGGCAAAGCUUCCCUAAUUCAUCCCCGUCUCAGC